UAUAGUAUAUAUGUAAAUAUUAUAUGUGUGUGUGUACUCGGCAGGGUCAAGGCAAUACUGACAAGUGACCAAGUUUAAUAAACAAAUGCAAGUCAUUAACUUAAUAGGAUGCCGGUGACCCCCAAAAAUAGUCUGGAAGCCCCUCAAAGAGCAGAUAAAAAACCAAUACUGGAUUCCUAAAAAUAUAAUGAGAAGCAUGCUUGUGUGCAAGUCCAAUAUGAAAUUAAUAUAUUCUAUUGUCUUUAAAAAAAAAAAAAAAAAAGCUCUGUUUUGAUCGUGAGAAGUUUGAAAUAUGCGCCGUAGAUGUUGCUGAUUGCUCGUACUCACAAAAUUCUCAUAACAUCUCUCGUUAUUAUGUUUUAUUAAUAUCACAUGCGUGUUUUCAGAGAAUUUUUUAGCAUAGUCUUCCUAUUUUUAUGAGCUUGAUGAUUGGAAAAUGACUUAAUUUGUGUACGCUUUCAAUGACACGAAAAGCCUGGUUGAAUAUCAAAGCCACACAUUUCCUCCAACCUGCAUUCAUUUACAUUCAAAAAAUCUCUCGGGAAUAACCCGGGUGAAAUACACCCCCCCCUCGCUAGCGCGUAUGCAGCGCCCACGCUCUGGUGACGGCUUGAUUGAUCCGUGGGAGAAGUCUCAGACGUGGUCAGCGUGUGACACGGUGACUCAGCCUGUAGGCGGCCUCUCCAGCCUUUCAAAAAGACUUCGCCAGUCUGUGUGGAGGCAGGCAGACGGCUGCUGGCCCAUCCUCAAGUUUCAAUGCUUGGACCUCGCACACACACGGGCUCACAGUUAUCUCCAGCUUUGGAUUAUAAAGACGCACUUCCGUGCAGCGGAUCAGCGCAGCCUUGCAUUUGUGCUCCAUAUGAGGGAGAAAAUCUUCAAGGCAGCUUGUGUCCUCCUGAGUCUAUUUACAAGUUUGAAUCUAUGCUGUGGAAAAUUUGGAACCCCGAUAACUGAUGAUGUGAGCAAGCUGUCGCUACUGAAACAAAACAUCCCAUCCGAUUAUGAGAUUCCUCUUCAUUACAUUCCCAGAGAAGUGGCUGGUGCGUGUUGGGUGGUAUUAAACGUUUACCCGUUGGAGCAAAGUCUUCGCAACCUAGCCAACAUGUUUGGCGCCGUCUCUUCCAACAAGGAAAAUAUCCUGGUCUUCAUCGCCAUGCUGAAAAGUUUGCGUUUUACGUUUGACCAUCAGGAACUGGAAACAGCGAUGCAAGUCUUCCAGUGUCACUACCAGGAGGGAAGAUUUAAGAAUGAGCUUUAUUUCGACUACAUCGAGGAGCUCCUCCACGUUGCGGCUCAUGAAGCAUCCAGCUUCUCCUGCAAGCCGCCACCUUGUCUCAAUACGGCAAAUGCACCAGGGGGUCAAAAGAAAGGUCGGGAUUACAGAUGGUGGAAAAGAACGCCGUUGCUUCUGGUUUUUAUUCCUGUAACGGCUUGCGUCAUUCUCAUCAUAUGGCGGAUCGCAUCUACGAGACAUUUACCGGCACGCCCAGUUGAGGAGAUCGAAAUGGCACCUCGUGGCAUCGUUCCAAGCGUGUCCGUCGUCUCCAUCCCGCUUCGGAAGCUCGCCCACGACACCGCUGAUGCUCUCCCGGAGGAGGACGUGGUCGCCGGGCAUGAAAUAAGAUGAAGAAUAAAAAUAAGGAUGAGAAGAUUCCGUAUGGGAGAAGCUCAGACGGCUCACUCUGACGUGAACUGAGGCCAGAGCGUCAUAUGUGGAUUAAGCUUUGAAUCCCAAAUGAAUUCUGGAGUAUUGAAAAAUGAAAUCGGGAGAAGGCCUGGACUGGAUCCUCUUCUGGACGAAUGGAUCUCCAGAUUUGCUGAAUGGCGACUCGAGUCAUUGUGACAUGGACUUGAGUCACCGCUCUGACUUGACUCAAGAGUUGACUCAAGACACUCACAAAAUUGGCUAGCAAUAGCCAAUCAUGACCUUAUUAGUCUUCUCAUGUUAUGAAGACCAUGUUCUAGAUAUUAAUGUUGACAAUCGGGUUCGAAUCGACUUUGGACUAAACAUCUUAAAUCGUUCGACCCCUACGUAGGACUUGCUUUCGAUAUCGAUGAUCAAUACUUUUAGCAUAUUAUAUAGGCGUCCCGAUACCCCCUUCCCACAUAUAGCCAUUAGAUUAUGAUUACGCAUGUCCAGUUAUUUAUCUUAAGGCCUUCUCAGCAUAUAAACACGUAGAAAGCGAUUCGUCCGAUCCACUCGUGCACUUGUUGACAUUGCGAUGAUCGGUCGCAGAUGGCAAAGCCGCCGGUCGCAAACAACACUGCGCUUGCGGUUCAACAAGGGUCCUACUUUGUGUAUCAAAGCUUGCAGCAGAUGGCAAAGAUAGCCACGGCCAGACUGGCCUGUGAAUCCCUCCAUUGUGUGUUCCGCUCCAGCCGUGAUGUAUCGCUUCUUCUUCUUGGUCGCAGCGAAGAGCACUGAACUUUCUAAUGGCUCAUUCACUGAGUCAAACCCAAUCAUGAGGAUGUGUGGGGAGAGGAUUCGUCAUCGACACACACACAGAAAGGGAAGACAGGAGCGUCGAGGAGAUACGGACGGACGGAUGAGCUCAGUGAGGAGCAUAAGAGGGACGCUUGUUCUCGCUCCACAAAAGACGUGGCCGUAGGCUGGAGGAAAUGCCACUUACCAACACGAUUGAGCGCGAUGAAUCAACGCAGCAGGAAUCUCGGCGGACCGCACGCAACUGCUGAUGAUGAUUAAUAUUCCAAUAACAAUUUUACAGUAUUCCAAUGAUUGCUUUCCAAGGAACCACUUUAUUAAAAUAUACCAAAGUGGAAAUAGCUAAAACAGAAAAGUUGGACAUGUCUCCCAAAAACAUUUAGAACAUAGGUGGAAUUUCUCCAAUUUAAAAUGUGUUUAACGGUGAAGUUGAUUUGACCUAAUGUCGUUCUAAAAUUUGACCCCAAUAUGCCAAACUAGUGAACAUUCUAAAUAAUGUGUUCCUUGGAAGUUACAAUGUUUACUGAAUCUCCCAGGGAAUUAUUUUUUUGUGUAUACGUGUGGAAAUGUGAGUCAUUCAGCAACAAAAUACUGUGAGCACAUUUCUUCCUUCUAUAUGUGUGUCUUGAAGGGUAACAUUUGCCAUGUACAGUAAGAAACUGGAAAGCUCGUCAUCAAAUCACAUCCUGCUUAAAUCUAAUAUUCCAAUUGCAUUAUUUAGCCACAAUGUGAUAAGGUAAAGUCCCAAUGAUCAUCUGGGAAAGUAUAAGAAACAGAUCAUUUUGAUGCAGUGCCAUUCUACACCACUGCCAAAAUAUUUGCAUUCACUGGAUUUCACAGUGAGAAAAACAAUAUAACACUAUUAACAUAAUUAUGCAUGAAAAAGAACUCUUUUAUGGUUGUGACAUUUAUACUGUGUGUUUGUUGAAUAUUUUGCAAUUUUUACAAGGGAAGUCCACAGCAACACCGAACAAUUAUUGAAUGCAUUCUUCUUUUUGUUAUUUGAGAAACUGGUGUUAUUAUUGUGGAAAGAAUCGGAAGGAAAAUAAUUAAAUGAUACUUUAUUUAUUACAUACCAGGGUUUAGCUACGGAGCUAUGGUAAGCAUUUUUUUCAUGUUACAAGUCUAUAAACAAUUUGUAAACCGAUUUUGUGUCAUAGAUUUCCUGUCUUGAAAUAAACAAUAAACGUAUUUUUCACAA